UGUUCCACUUCCUUUCACCGUGAGUAUGCUCUCCGUGCUUUGCGGUAGUACUAGAUUACCUACACCAAGAUGCAUGGUCACCAGCCCCACCCAGCCACUCCCGUCCCCGACGCUGCUUUCCUUAUUAAGCGCGGCAAGAAGCGGGGGAACUAUAGCUGUGGUCGCUGUGGAUUGCCCAAGAAGGGUCAUAAAUGCCCUUUCAACCAGAGCGACGAUGGUAUCUCCACUCCUGUUUCCGCCGCUGAUGGCGCCGGCGGUGUGGGUGACUCUGCCAUAGCUACCCUCAACUCUGCAUAUGAGGCGGCAUCGGGGAACCUGACAGACGCGUCACCUCAGUCGGUGGUUUUUCCUGUGCCUGUAGCGAGGCGCCGGAGAGCUCUGUCUUUCGACGAUGUUGGCGUAGAUGAGGAGGAGAUGGAGGAUGAGUGGAUCCAUCCGGAGCUGGAUUUGGAGACGGGGAAGUUGCCGGCAUUUUGUUUGUGGGAAGUUUUAAGAAGGUUGCCGCCCGCGGGGUUGCUAUCGGCCGCGAGGGUGUGUAGGGGGUGGAGGGAGACUACGAGGAGGCUUUGGCGGGCAGCUGAGGAGCUUCGACUUCGGGUGCCCGCAAACGCGCAGAUUGGAUUUGUUGGAUCCGUGUUGCAGAAAUGCCCGGGACUUGUAAAACUCUCUCUUAGAAUGGAAAGGGAUUUUGAUGCAACGAUGCUUGCCUGCAUUGCCUUUUCGUGUCCUAAUUUGCAGUCUCUGGAAAUUUUUACGUCUGACGCUGCUGUGAAUUGGAUCUCAGGGGAUGAGUUGAGUCGCUUUGUCGCUGACAAAAGGUUCCUAACAAGUCUCAAGAUGGAAGGGUGCUGCAACCUUGGGGGUUUUAUUUUUUCUUCCUCUAGUCUGACUACUCUUUGGCUUUCAGGCCUUCACUCCCUCUCUAAGAUGGUUUUUGACUGCCCCAAGUUGAAGGAGAUCUCUUUGGAUUUUUCCCAGCAAGAAAAUGACAGCACUGAUAUUACCGCUGUUGUGGAUGCUCUUGGAAGAAGCUCCCCCAAGCUUCAAAACAUUCACAUUGCUUCAGUUCUGCUUUCACAUGCUGCAGUUCUGGCUCUCACAGCUGCUAAUUUGAGGGAAUUGAGGAUGCUUUCUCUUGUUCUUGGAUUAGAGAUAACUGAUGCAUCAGUUGCAGCUAUUGCAUCAAGCUUUCCGAAGCUGGAGUUGCUUGAUCUAAGUGGGUCUAGCAUCAGCGACAGUGGCAUUGGAAUGAUCUGCAAUGUCUUUCCUGAGACAUUAUCAAAACUUCUACUUGCUCUUUGUCCCUACAUCACUUCCAGUGGAAUCCAAUUUGCUGCUGCCCAACUGCCUCAUCUUGAACUUAUGGACUGUGGAAUGACAAUUUGUGAUUCCAAUCCUGAAAAAUCUGCUGAUGAAGAGGAAAGUGAUAAUGAUCUACAGAAAACACCCAACAGCAAGUUGCACCACAUAUACCAGAAGCUGAUUAUCAAACAUAGCCGUUUGAAGAAACUAAGUUUAUGGGGUUGUUCUGGAUUGGAUGCAUUGUACUUGAACUGCCCUCGACUUAAUGAUUUGAAUCUCAACUCUUGCAGAAAUUUACAUCCAGAGAGACUGCUACUUCAGUGCCCUGAUUUAGAAAGCGUGCAUGCAUCAGAUUGCCAAGACAUGCUGAUCAACACCCUUGAGACUCAGGUCUGCCAUGAUUGUUUGGCUGUAGAAACUCAUUUUCCUUCCAAACGACUGCCAGAUGGCUCCAAAAGAGUUGGGGUUCCAUAUUCUUACAACCUUGAGCCAUCUGAUGAUUACAAGAAAUCGAGAAGGGCUGCGAAACGCCAAUGUGCAGUGAUAGUAACCUCAUAAAUGGUGGUUGUGCAAUGGAGGCGGCAUUUUGCAUUUUGUGUUAAUAUGCCUUGACUUGUACAGUAAACAUUCGCCUUGUACAUUACUGAACUCAUUCAAUUAAUGAGUAUCCUCGAUAAUC